AUGGACGGCCCGCGAGUGUUGAAGUUGAAAUCGGCCUUUGAGAAAAUGCUGAGCCAGCUCUUCUCAGAAGCAGAGAUAGAUGAGCAAGUGAAAGAAGAUAUCCACUCCUUGUUCACACAGCUGCUGCUGAAGUACUCCAUUCCCUCGAAGCUGAACGAGCUAGACAGCUUGAUACAGCGACAGCCCAACACCCUAUACGACAUCACUGAUCCGAAUGCCAUUUCCUCCGUGCUUUCUUCGCACAUUUCAGAGUCUGCACACGAGCUCGAUGCUUUUAUAACGGAAGAAAGCACAAAAAUAAAGAGAGAAAUCUCUUCGGUGAAGGAAAGAGAAAGGGAGAUAGACCAGUCUCUGGCGCACUUUACCGCAGAGCUGACCAGCUGGAUGAAAAUGAGCGAAAGUGCGCUUGGAAAAAUUAAGAAACAAACACAAUAA